UGUUUUCUCAUGUCAUGAUCGAGUAAUGUGAUGUUUGUGAUGGUGUUGUAAUGAGCGGAACUGUAGUGCGCGCGCCAGUGUUUCCGCCGGUGCUGUUUUUCCGGCAGCGCGUGACUGUGCUAGUCAAACAUGUCGAGUUCCUACAAAAACAGGAUCCAGGAGUUCAAGGUUUCUCUGAGCGAGCAGAAGAUCGAUUUGAAGGCUUUACGCGAGCUGUGCUUCAGCGGGAUCCCGUGUGAAGGAGGCAUCCGCUCUCUGUGCUGGAAGAUCCUGCUGAAUUACCUGCCGCCGGAUCAGGCCUUAUGGGAGUCUUUCCUGCAGAAGCAGAGGGAUCUGUACGCCCAGUUCUUGAGAGAGAUGAUCAUUCAGCCAGGAAUCGCCAAGGCCAACCUGGGCGUGUCUCGAGAGGACGUGACGCUGGAGGAUCACCCUCUGAACCCAAACCCAGACAGCCGGUGGAACACGUACUUCAAAGACAACGAGGUUCUGCUGCAGAUCGAUAAAGACGUCAGGCGCUUGUACCCAGACAUGGCGUUCUUCCAGCGGCCCACAGAGUUUCCCUGUCAGCUCAUCCUGGACCCUCAGAACGAGUACGAGACGCUGCGGCGGCGUGUGGAGCAGACCACGCUCAAAGCCCAGACGGUCAACCGGAACCGCAGCGGCGUCACUAACGUCAGUUCUCCAGGGAAGGCACUAAACCUGUAUCCCUCCAACGAGUACGAGGUGCUCCCGAACGGCUGUGAAGCGCACUGGGAAGUGGUGGAACGGAUUCUCUUCAUCUACGCCAAACUCAACCCGGGCAUCGCCUACGUGCAGGGCAUGAACGAGAUCGUGGGUCCCAUUUACUACACCUUCGCCACAGACCCCAACAGCCAGUGGAAGGAACACGCCGAGGCCGACACCUUCUUCUGCUUCACCAACCUGAUGUCCGAGAACAGAGAUAACUUCAUCAAAAGCCUGGACGACUCGCAGUGCGGCAUCACCUUCAAGAUGGAGAGCGUGUUCUCCAAACUCAAGGAGAAGGACACGGAGCUCUACAUGAGACUGCAAGAGCAGAACAUCAAGCCUCAGUAUUUCACCUUCCGCUGGUUGACGCUGCUGCUCUCUCAAGAGUUCCUGCUUCCAGAUGUUAUCCGGAUCUGGGAUUCGCUCUUUUCGGAUCAGGAUCGGUUUGAGUUCCUCAUCCCUGUGUGCUGCGCCAUGCUCACACUGAUUCGAGAUCAGUUACUGGCUGGAGACUUUACAACCAACAUGAGAUUACUGCAGGAUUAUCCCAUCUCUGAUGUUCACGCCAUCCUCACUAAAGCUAAAGAACUGCAGGACGGCUUGUAGCAGCCACGCCCCCUCAGGCUCCGCCUCCAGUCUGAUGACUGACAGCAGUGCCGCCCAUCUGACCCGGGUGGGAUCCAUCGUUUGCCUUUGUGUGAUUGAGCGUUUGGUCUUACCGUCUCUCAGGUAGACGAGUGUGUGAGUGUGUGUGAGUGUGUGUGUGUUUACUGUUGCACUGUUGAACGAUUAUGAAGACCAACACACUGACACACACACACACACACACACUGCAGACGGGACUCCAGAAACACUCCAGAACUCUGAUCUUAAUUACUACAAUAUAAAUACGGAACAGAACAAAAGAUUCAUCACAUCUCCAGUGUUUGAUGAUGGACUUUAUACGGCUGUAUUUAUAUCAGUGAUUGUUUACUGUCUUUGUUUCGUUUAAUACUUGAUCACAAAUGAACAAAAAUCCUGACUGCAGAUCGUUGGAGAUUCUCAGCGAUUCUCCGGUUCAUCCGUGAGCAAAUCGAAGCUUCAUGCGGGAUUUCUCCCUGAUCCGGAUCAGUGUAAGUUCAUCUGACGUGUGGCUUCCUUGAGAAACUCAAGCAUGAACUCAAGUUUCAUCUGCAGAUAAAAUGGCGUUAGUAUCCCAUCAUCCCUCUUUUUAGAUAUCAAAGCAGUCACUCUUCCACUAAUAGUCUGCGUUAAUUUCAUCACACUAAUAAUGAUUGGGUGCUCAGCGUUUGUUUGAGGGAAACAUCCGAUCAAACAUUAUGACUUCAGUGUUUUUAUAAAUGUGUUGCAAUUCACCUUUUUUUAAAUGUCAUGUUGUUUUUGUAUUUUAAAUCUGGUUGGGAAAUGAAGGACGGAUUGAUGCUCUUCUUCUUUUAGUGUCUUUGGGGAAUGUCUGGCCACACGUGUCUUUCUGUAACCGUUCCUUCAUGAUGUACAUUUGAAAAAGAUUGUUUUUCUUUUGCAUGUGAAGAUGUUUUUGUAUGAACGCAUCUAUAGUUCUUGCCAUUGUAUAUCAAUGUUUUUACAGUGCUUGCUGAUGCACAAUAAAAAAAUUCAAUCUUAAAA